CUUUCAUAUUGGUCUCUUUCAGCCAACCGACUCAGUUGCAGCUGAAUCCUCUGCCCAACUAAGAACUCUCGGGUGACUACAGGGAUAGCCAGGGUGCAACGAUGUUUACCAGGUUGGUCGGCCACAGGUGCCUCACCACAACAUGGAGCCUGGGAGCUCUGCCAAGGAACCCCUACACGAUAUUAACCCAGGCAAGGAGAGCACCUUCCUCCAAAGGAAAAGUCUGCGUGAAUAGCAAGGCUGCUUCUCAAAGAGCAUUUUCAGGUCAUGGCACAUUCCGAAAUGAGAAAAGACCUACUGAGUUUGACAAAAAGAUACUGCUGUGGACAGGGCGGUUUAAAAAAGAAGAGGACAUCCCAGCACUCUUGUCAGUUGAGGUGCUCAAGACUGCUCAAAACAAGUUGCGGAUCCGAAUAUGCUACAUCAUGAUCGCAUUGACUUUGCUCGGAUGCGUGGCCAUGGUCAUCUCUGGCAAACAGGCCGCUAAAAGAGAAGAGUCGUUGUUAAAGAUUAAUCUAGAGAAGAAAGCUCAGUGGAGAAUCGAGAGAGAGAAGGAACGGGAAUCCACAGCUGCAAAAAUGGAAUGACCACGACAAUGAGAAUCCUUGCAGGCGACGAGUGAUACAUGUGUGGUGUGAACAAACCUUUGCUCCUUCAACCUUGAGACUCAGGUGUCAACCUUAUGCUUGCUAUUGUCUAUCUGGAGAAACUAGCGAAGCCCAGAAGGUAGCAGUUCUCAAGGCUUCAGUAUUUCAUUUGAAAGUGUCCUUAACCUGGCUGGCCACUGAAAAUGUUGUUCUGUUCCAGACCUGAGUUGGCCGAUGGAGAACCUAUGGACCCAAGUGACAGCUGCUGAUGUCAGGAUAACCAACCUUGAAAUUUGGAGGCAAAUAAUCAGCCUGUGGAACAUUACAAGAUCAAACAUCACUCUGCACGUCUUUGCAUUGUCCAUCUAUGCCCAACUCUACCCUCUCCAUACACUCACAAAUAAUUAGUUAAUAACGUUCAUUCCUCUGUAUAUAAUAAAUGAUGACAGUCUGUAAAA